AUGCGAAAAACGUACCGACAUCAUGCAGGCCUCUUGACUCUCUCCGCCGCUCAAUCACGUGACCUUUGCACCUCCGUGGACCCGACGUACCGCACCGAUGACCCUCCAGCUCGCCGCAAGCGCUUUGAACGAUUCCUCAGCAUUGUCUCUUUGCAGAGACUUUCCAAGGCGCAUGACUCAUCAUAUCCCGUUUCGCAUAGUUCAGAGUCUUCAGUCAUGGCUCGCGAUGUCGUCAAGGCCGCUCAGUCGGCGUCUCAUGUUAUGAAGGUCUCUCAGAAAUACACCGUCCGCUCCACCGGCGUCUGGGAACGGAUUCGUCGCCUGCUCGCUAUUGAACCUGAUCGAUCCAGCGGCAUCCCCUUGAACUCUCAAUUCCGUCUUCCAUCGCCCGGCUCUCUUCCUCCUCUGGCCUACGAGGACCCCGUCACCACCCCGGCGGGCGAUAUCGCUGACAACCCCUACUGGAAGCGUGACAUGCGCCGGAGCUACCCCAAGCUGAGCACCGUGAGCCAGGCCGAUGCAGUCAGCUUGCUGACUGUGGGCAGCCAGGCUGCGCCCAAGGACGAGGUGUUGCAGAUUGGCGAGGCUGGCGCCAAGCAAUUGGUGGAGGUGCAGCAGGAGGGUCAGGAGCGUGGUUUGGCUGCUCUGUUCGAGAAGGAUCAGAAGAGCAUUCAGGGUGUCUUGGGGGCCAACGGUUUGCCUCCUACCCCGGCCAACAUCAAUACAGUCUCGCAGGCUGCUCGAUCCAAGUAUGAGAUUGACUCGGAACAUGGUUACCCUGAGGUGUAA